UUUUAUCAGAUCAAAUUUUAAUAAAAUUCUCUUACUAUGAAAAUAAAAUUCGCUCUAGUACUGUUGAGCAUUUUUGGCUUGGCUUCUUCAACGAUAGUCUUGAAAAGUGCUAUUUGCGGUUAUGAAGUUGAUGCGGGCUUUUGCGCAGUACCUCAAACUCGUUACACCUAUUUGUUCAAUGCCAAUGAAUGUGUCCCAUUCGUGUACAACGGAUGUGGAGGAAAUGCCAAUAAGUUUCCAUCCAGGAGGUUAUGCGAACAGAUUUGUAAAUUAUAAGAACUUGCGAUUUG